AUGGAGAGAACGGUGCUACAUGGCAAUGCAUCUGAAGAUGUAUCGAGGACCUACGAAGGAGAUACCUGCAGCAUUACGGCAAAACAGUGGGACAUGGUCGCUGUAUGGUCGUGGAAUGUGCAGGUAGGGACAUGUGCCAUUUGCAAGAGUACUAUAGCGGAUUUAUGCAUUGAGUGCUGUGGCAUGGGAGGAGGUAUUAGCAGCGGCAACACCACCAGCCUCGCGGACGAGGGGAAUAACAGAAACGAGCGCGACAGUUUACAACGCAAUCGAUCAAGCGUAGUUGCUGAGUUUAAACACGAGCAUGAAGAGCACCAUCCGCCACCACUAGGGUCCGCGAUGGCGACGGCGUCGUUGGCAUGGGGCGGUGUUCUCACGGGGGAUUGUCUCAUCGUCUGGGGCGUCUGCAAUCACGUGUUUCACAAACACUGCAUCUCAAGGUGGGUGCGGCAGCGUCCGCAGUGUCCCAUCUGCGGAAGGGAGUGGAAGGUUGCCAAGACCACAAGGAACGAUAUCUGA